UGCCUUGUCAACCUAUUAAAAUUUAAUACAUUGAUUUUUAAAUUUCAGCAUUCUCUAACAAAAGUACUAAACUCGUCACCGAACAGGAAAAAAGGGAAGUCAAAGCCCUAACUUUUAUUCAAUCGAGUCGAGUGAGUCUCGUCAAAUACUCGAUUCCGAAACAUGUAUUGAAUAUGAAGAUUUUAUAUGCACAGCAAUUGUGAGAAAUGAGAACCAGAAAAAUCCUAUCCAUCAUAACGCAUAGCUGCCUCCAAUUUUCAAAUCCAUAUUUCUACCUAUAAACCGUCAUAACUGCCACUCUUUUUUGAAAACCAUUUUCCUUCCUUUGAAUCCUUUCCAUGGCAAUCCCAUUCUCCUCGUCAUCACUUCAAUUCAAUUCUCUACUCGCAUUUCCGAUAAAUAUUCGCCCUCGCCCUCUCAUAUCAAAGCUCCCAUUUUUCACGAGUAAGAAACUCCACCGAUUCUGUUGCCAAUCAAGCAGUAAUUCUGAUGAGGAUUAUUUGUUGGAUGCACCUGUUUCAGUUGGAGAUGGGUUUUCUUUCAGUGGAGGGAAGUAUUCUGAUGAACCAAGCCCGGCUGACGAAUGGUUCAAGCAAGGAAUGAUAAUGAAAGCCCAUCCUGUUGGUGGCACAGGAGAGAAAGCAAAGGAUCCAAUCUUCGGACUUGCAAUGGGUGGCUCUUCACAGGCCACAUCUGAUCUUUUUAGAUGGUUUUGUGUACAAAGUGGAAGCCCUGAAAAUCCACGAGUCAUACUGAUUCAUGGUUUCCCUUCACAGGCUUAUUCUUAUCGCAAAGUUCUACCAAUUCUCUCAAAGAAUUAUCAUGCUAUUGCUUUUGAUUGGCUAGGAUUUGGCUUUUCAGAUAAACCUCAACCCAAAUAUGGCUUUGACUACACUUUGAAUGAAUAUGUGUCAUCCUUGGAAUCUGUUAUCAAUGAACUCUCAAAAGAUAAGGUUACUCUUGUUGUCCAGGGAUACUUUUCACCAGUUGUUGUCAAAUAUGCGAGCAGUCACCAGGAAAAGAUUAAUAAUCUCAUUCUUCUAAAUCCACCACUGACAGUAAAACAUGCCAACCUGCCAUCAACAUUAUCUAUAUUCAGCAACUUUUUAUUGGGUGAGAUUUUUUCUCAGGAUCCUUUAAGAGCAAGUGACAAAGCCCUGUUAAGUGGCGGUCCAUACGAGAUGAAGGAAGAAGUUGCAAUGGUCUACAGAAGACCUUAUCUUACAUCUGGUUCGUCUGGAUUUGCACUGAACGCAAUCAGUAGAGCAAUGAAAAAGGAACUUAAGACGUACGUUGAAGAGAUGAGGAAGAUACUAAUGGAUGAAAAUUGGAAAGUUCAAACAACUAUAUGCUGGGGCGAAAGAGACCGCUGGUUAAGCUAUGAUGGGGUGGAAGAUUUCUGCAAAGAAUCCAAUCAUCGGUUAAUCAAUCUUCCCACGGCAGGACAUCAUGUGCAGGAAGAUUGCAGUGAGGAAAUAGCAAAACUCAUUGCUACAAUUGUAAGCAAAAGAAAAAGUAUUUAAUACAACUUAUUGGAAAUGUUAUUUUUCUUUUCUAGAAUUCAACAAGUAAUCAAAUGUUGAGGAUUUACAUUUUUAUAUCAUCAAACAGAAUAAUUCUGCUUAUUGUAAAGAAUAUUAUUUGAAUCGAAGAAGUGUUUUCUUCGUUUUA